UAAUACUUUGCGACCUUUACGACAGUGCAGUAAAUGGCGGACGUAUCGAAAAACGCCAGCGAGGAAAAGAUGGCUGAGGGAGGUAAUGAUGCCGAGCUGCUGAAGGAGAAGGCGAAUAAGUAUUUUAAAGAGAAAGACUAUGAUAAUGCAAUCAAGUACUACUCUGAGGCCUUGGAGGUCAACCCUACCAAUGCCGUCUACUACAGCAACCGGAGCCUGGCCUACCUGCGCACAGAGUGCUACGGCUACGCCCUGGCUGAUGCCACCAAGGCCCUGGAGAUCGAUAAGAACUACAUCAAGGGCUACUACCGCCGCGCCACCUCGAACAUGGCAUUGGGCAAGUUCAAGGCAGCGCUUAAAGAUUACGAGACGGUAGUAAAGGUUCGACCAAAUGACAAGGAUGCGAGGAUGAAGUAUCAGGAAUGUAACAAGAUUGUGAAGCAGAAGGCUUUCGAGAGAGCAAUCGCCAGCGAUGAAAUAAAGAAAUCUGUCGUUGACUCCCUGGACAUCGAGAGCAUGACGAUUGAGGAUGACUAUGAAGGCCCACAGCUGGAAGACGGAAAGGUCACAUUGAAGUUCAUGAAGGAGAUGAUGGAUUGGUUUAAAGACCAGAAGAAACUGCACCGAAAGUGUGCUUAUCAGAUUUUGGUGCAGGUUAAAGAUGUUCUUUCUAAGCUUCCGAGUCUUGUUGAGAUCACAUUAAAAGAGACGGAAAAAAUAACAAUUUGUGGUGACACACAUGGACAGUACUACGAUCUCCUCAACAUCUUCCAGUUGAACGGUUUACCAUCAGAGACCAACCCCUAUCUGUUCAAUGGCGACUUCGUUGAUCGCGGCUCUUUCUCACUUGAGGUCAUUCUUACCCUCUUUGGAUUCAAGCUGCUCUUUCCCGACAACUUCUUCUUGCUCAGGGGGAACCAUGAGACGGACAACAUGAACCAGAUGUAUGGAUUUGAAGGCGAGGUCAAAGCCAAGUACACAGCCCAGAUGUUCCAGCUGUUCAGCGAGGUCUUCCAGUGGCUGCCUCUUGCACAGUGCAUCAACAGCAAAGUGCUGGUCAUGCACGGCGGACUGUUUAGUGAAGAUGGCGUCACAUUGGACGACCUCAGAAAGAUUGAAAGGAACAGACAGCCUCCGGACUCAGGCCCCAUGUGUGACCUCCUCUGGUCGGAUCCACAGCCUCAGAACGGCCGGUCGGUUAGCAAGCGAGGAGUGAGCUGUCAGUUCGGGCCAGAUGUGACGGAGCGCUUCCUGGAGCAAAAUAAGCUGGAUUUCAUUGUGCGUAGUCAUGAAGUCAAAGCUGAAGGCUACGAGGUCACUCACUCAGGGAAGUGCAUCACUGUGUUCUCAGCACCCAACUACUGUGAUCAGAUGGGCAACAAAGGAGCGUACAUCCACCUCAGGGGAUCCAACCUAAAGCCAGAAUUCCACCAGUUCACUGCUGUGCCUCAUCCGAAUGUCAAGCCCAUGGCAUAUGCCAACUCGCUAAUGCAGAUGGGGAUGAUGUAAAGGCCGCACCGACCCAUCUUUGACAUCGACGACCCUCCUGUAUGACCCGAACCAUCCCAGCCACCUCACACCCUACAGUGCUUAGACAUGCUCGUGCUUAGCCUAAAGGAAUCCUCCCCUUGCGCCCCCCCCCUCCCUCUCUUCCGGAAAAACUUCCACUAGUUGUGUACUGGAAAACACCUAAUGUAGUUCCGAUGAGCAGAGAUCACUUAAACGUGGCCCAGUCUACAACUGGGAAUGUUUUAUUUUGUUAUGUUAGAACUGGAAAAAAACAAAAUCUCCAUUCCCGCUGUCCACUUUCCUGUUUGUUUGUUCCCUCAUUGGGUAAAGAAAACAAACUUUCAGAUUAGCCUUCCUUGAGCUGCUUGGUUUUUAGAACAUUUGAUAUACUCUGCAGAAGGGAUCAAAUAGCUGGUAUGUACCAAAGAUACGUAAAGAAAAAUGAUUGUUCAGUUUUUGCAAGAAGCGCCUUGUGACUCUGGAACGCAGUGUCGUGCUGGCGGCCCGUGUACAUAGCUUAGAGUAUUCGUAAACUGGGUGAAGAGCAGCAUGUCUAUCAGUGUUUCUCAAACUAUCCUACAGUAUGUUCGUCGCCUUUUACGUAUGGUCCUGGCAGGAAAAAGCAAUCAAUUUUGUCGAGGGGGGACGCUCUUAAAGGGUGUUUACCAUUAGAUGUGUAUUUCCACGGUUCAGUCAUAGAGUUGAUAACAUUUAAUUUGCACUGCUUCCGGUUGAGGAAGAUUCCACUGCUCUCCCUGUUUUUCAUCUUCGACUCACCAGGCAGCUCCCGCACAGUCUGUUCUCCGAGCUAGUGGCGAUGGCACUCUGGUCUCCUUUACACACGUUCGAUCUCUGACCCAGGCGUCGAGUCUUCAGUACACAACCGUCAAAAAUGAAAUCCUGUCUCAAAGCGCACAGAUGCAUUGUCCAAUGGCCCUCAACUUUUUAGAUAAAAGAACGCUGACGUGUAUGUAUAUAUACUGUAUCAUUUAAAGAUUCUGUGUAAUGUUUGGAGAAAAAAAAUAUUGAAUAAAAAAAACCUAGUCCAGUGA